AUGAAUGCUGAACCUGGCAAGCGCAAAGGCAAACAAGUGGCUGAUAAGAAGCCCUCAAAGCGGAAAGCCAAACGACGUGAGACAUACUGUGUUUAUAUCUACAAGGUGCUUAAACAGGUGCACCCAGACACUGGAAUCUCAAGUAAAGCCAUGAGCAUCAUGAACUCCUUUGUAAAUGAUGUGUUUGAGCGUAUUGCAAGUGAGGCUUCUCGUCUUGCCCAAUAUAACAAGCGAUCCACAAUUACCAGUCGUGAAGUCCAGACAGCCGUCCGUCUUCUGCUCCCCGGAGAGCUGGCUAAACAUGCUGUAUCAGAGGGCACCAAGGCAGUCACAAAGUACACCAGCAGCAAGUAAACAUGCUGUGCCAAUCAACCUUGGUAUCUGUAUGUAAAUGUCUCAAGGCAAAGCACCCACAGUGCAUCUGUGCUCCUAUAAAGCCCUGGGGGCAACAUAUCACUUACUGUUAUA